CUAUAUUUGAAUUGCUUCUGAUGUGGGCCUAGAACUUGAUGUUAGAUUUCGUUUCAAAGCGUUCGGUUGUCUUAAUCAUGUCAUCUGAACCGAACGAAUUUACUUAUGACAAACUGCUUGCUUUUGCAUCAAGGUAUAACCGGCGACUACAACAGGAUAAACUUAGUCGUUUACCGUUUCUGGACAGCGCUACCGGAAUAGCUCAAAGACCGUGUUUACUUUAUCGUAACCAAAGAGAAAGAGAGGGAGGCUACCUGACUCAGGUUUAUCGAUACCGUUCCCACAGGUGGAAGAAAAGCAAACGAACUGGUCAGCUCCCUUCUUUUCUGUAUCACGGUGAUACUUUGAACGGGGUUGCUAAAAUUGAUCGUCAAAAUAUCUCAGGAUUAGAUUCGUGUUCCAAGGAUGUAGACGAAGAUAGUCGUAGUACUUGGGCUGCCUGUCCAGAAUAUGAUAUGGAUUCUGAUGCAAGUGAUUUUGCAGAUGAGAACUUCGGAGUUCGUAGACGCCGAAAGAAAGGUCGGACUCCUCGCAUAAGCAGAUCUAACCACUCUGGACCUGGUCGGCGACGUUCUAAUUAUACCUCAUUCGAUGAUGACUCGAAUGACCGUCAAACAUCUUUGCCAGUAUUUCUGUGUGAGUUUUGUGGCGUACGAUACAGAUCGCGAGCCGGACUAAAUUACCAUAUUAAUUCACAGCAUUCAGAGACUCCAAGAAUGAGUUGUGCACGACCAGCCUUUAUGUCUCCUUAUCGAGGAACAGAUGGACAUCAUCACAACCCUCAUCCUCAUUCUCAACAACAACAGUCUCACAGUCAAACUAAUCAUUUGCUCAAUGGAUCAGUAAUUAAUUCAGGUACUACCAGUAAUCACACUUCUACUUCUCAUUCCACUUCUGUGACUAACAAGAAUAGUAGUAACAAUAAUCUUUGUUCCUCUGUAAAUGGUUCAUUUGGCCCUUCACGAGUUCGCCCUUCAGUUAUUGAACAAGGUGGUGGUAGUCUAAUUAUUGAAGCACAAGAAUGGCGGGAUAUGAAUAAUACAGACUCAUCAGAACAUACUUGUGACUUUUGCCUAGGUGAUGAAAGUUUGAAUAAGAAGACUGGGCGGUCAGAAGAUAUGUUGAGAUGUUCAGAUUGUGGACGUUUUGCUCACUUUUCUUGUUUACAGUUUACACAGAAUAUGAUUACUUCUGUACAUACUUACCGGUGGCAGUGUAUUGAAUGUAAAACGUGUUGGCUUUGUGGUACUUCCGAAAAUGAUGAACAAAUGCUUUUUUGUGAUGAUUGUGAUCGAGGUUAUCACAUGUAUUGUUUAAAUCCACCGUUAUCCGAACCGCCAGAAGGUAGUUGGAGUUGUAAACUAUGCGUAGAUCGUUUUCAAACGUCGGCGGCUUCUUUUUCUACCUCUUUUGUUAACGUCAGUUUAACAAAAAAGUCUGACUCUUGUAUUGAUGAAUUGAAUAAUAAUAAUAAUAAUAAUAAUAAUAAUAAUAAUAAUAAUAAUAAAGACAAUACAAGCAUUUGUGAAUCGAAUUUGAGUGUGCCUUGUUCAACUAUUGUUUCAUCGGUUGUCAGUCAUAUUGUUCCUGUUUUCCAAUCAUCUUCGUUAACAUCACCAUCAUCAUUAUCAUCCUCUUCUGGGCUUUUUCAAUCCUCUACGCAUCUUCAAAAGAUAUUGGUCAAUCAUGUAUAUCCGACUGUUUCUUAAUGUAACUAUGUGUAUAUCCAUAAUUUUCAAGGAUUAUUAUUAUUAUUAAUGUUAUGAAUAUUCACUCAGUAAUGUUAAAUGAUUUAAAAAUAUCUUCUAGGAUCUUAAAAAUUCAUUAUCUAAUUUUUUGUUCAGCCUUAUGUGUUAAUGAUUGAACAAAUUAACCUCUAUGUUUUUUAAUGUGUAUUUUCCCCUUAAAUGUAUUAUUUUUUUCAAAUAUUAUCUCUAGGGUUGAUUAAUUUGAGUGCUUAUAGAUAAGUGGAUUUAGUGGAUUAAGGAUGAAAGUGAGCAAGUGAGAGAGAGUAAAAAUGUACUUACUUAUUCAUUUACUUUAUGUAUAUUAUGUACCUGUUUAAAUCAAUGUAUUAUUUCUUUGUUAAUAUACCCUCAUAUGUCAAUUUUUUGUCAAAACAGACGUACUGUGUAAAAUGGAAUUUAAAAACUACAAACAGACCUAGCUAUAGUAACCAUUAUUUUUGUUUAGCAAUAUAUAUGCAUAAAUUUGACCACUUGUUUUUCUUAAUAUGCUGUUAUGUCUUGUCAGUAUUUGAUAGUUACAAAUAUACAUAUAUAGUUACUGACAUAUAUAUAUAUAUAUAUAUAUAUAUAUAUAUAUAUAUAUAUCUUCCGUUUUAUUAUUAUCAUUAUAACUGUCCCGUCACGUUAGUGUCGGCGGGGGCAGGAGGUGAUUUGAAUUUCGUAUUAUGUUUGCUCUAAUGUUUAGUUUUAUUUUUGUAUUAAUUUCCUCAUAUAUAUAUAUGAUGUAUCAGCCAGUUUAUUAACAACUACCCACCUCCAUUUUUUGUACUGGAAAAUGAUCCUCAGCUCUCCAUGUUCGUUUUUCUUCCUUUUUGUUUUGCUGCGCUAAUGUAUACAAGCAUGUUUUUUUUCAAUCAGGCUUUUACUUGACUAUUAUUAUCAUUAUUCUUACUAUUAUGUUUUUCGUUACAUGUGUAUAUGUACUGGAGUUUUUCAUUCAAUUUAUCUAUCAGUGUCUCUAGACAUACAGAAUGAUCAAGUAGUUCACUCUUUAUUAUUAUAACAAUAUUUGUCAAAGCAUUUUUUUUCCAUUGAAUGAUUGAUAGUAAUUUUGCUACAAUCUAUUCAAAAUUAUUGUUUUUAUCAAUUUAUUGUAUUAUUUAUCAUGAUUACCACCAAAUACUUCUACUAAUGUUAUCAUAAAAUUAGUAUUAUAUGUAUUUUCUGUAUGUGUAUGAAUUUCUCUGGCCUUUUUCUAUGACUAAAA